AUGGCCCUCUUAGCAUUCACAUCCGGCCCGCUCGCGCCCUUCUCCGCCUUCCUGGCCUGCUGCACUGAAGCCGCCACUCUGACCUCCAUCGCCGCGAAAUCCUGGUUCCUUGGCGACGCCCUCGUUGAUACGUUCGACGCCACGCUCAUGGCGCGCGGGCAGGAGAAUCUCGUGGCACAGGGCAGGGAGGUGAAGAAGGGGAAGGGCGAUGUGUUUUGGAAGCUUGGGAAGCUAGCGAAGCGUCCCUUUGCCGGGUGGACGCCUACUGCGUUGGUCAGGGGGAAGGGAGAGGGACCAGCCGGGUUGGGGAGGUAUUUUCAGUUGAAGGGAUGGGGGGCUAGGGAGAAGGAGGAGCAUGUCAAGAGUAGGAGGGGGGCCUAUACGAGCUUGGGCAUUGCGAGUGUGCUGUUGGAGAUGGUACCGGUGGUCAAUAUCAUCUUUGCGUUCACGAAUACAGUUGGAGCGGCGCUUUGGGCUGCUGAUAUGGAAAAGGGGCAUGCGCAGCAGGAGGGUGGAAGCGGAAGGGGAUUGAGAAGUAGGGAUAAGAAAGCUCAGUGA